UCCAGCAAUCUCAUCGGCGCAUUUGACACAAAUUAUUCCUUCGAGCAACGACGCCAUCACUACAAACGUCAACCUUCGAAUCAUCACGCGACAAUAUCACCACCAACUAUACCCCACAAGACUCAUCUGCAAGGCUGGACCAGCAGACCUCACCGCUUCGAAUCGCCGACAACGACACUUCACCAAUUCCAACAUAGGUGGCUCACAAGCCCUCACUGAGCUCGUUCUCAGCUUGCACCAGCAGGUUAAGCCUUUGAUGUUGCUAGACCAUCUAACAGACGCAGCUGCCUUUGAAAUGUCCUCGAGGAGUUUCUUCACUCCGUCUCCAACCGUCGUCAUGCCAGCCGCACCACCUCAGCAGUACUUCGCCAGCACUCACCAUCCCGGACAAAACAGCAUCGGCUCUGCAUUCACCACCAACGGCAACACUCCUUCCACCAACGGCUUCACCAAUCCAUUCACUUCCAAUGCCACCACUCCGGGCUCGAUCGCAGGACGCAAACGCUCGAGAGGCGACAUCUUCGAUGAUGACGAGGACUCUGGACCACAUGCCGACGGAUCGAUCGCUACUCCGAACGCCGACGAAAUCGCAAAGCCACGAGGCAAGCCAGUCUACGGUCCUGGAAUGACUCUCAUCUAUCCCGAAGACCCGGGCUAUGCAGCAGCAGCUGAAUCGCAAUCUGGAACGUGGGUCGAGGAGGACGCGGAGCGACAGCCAUUCAAGCUUGCGAGCAUCAAGCGACCGUCUGUCACGAGCCGCAAAUCGCAACGCAUGGACUCGCGAGCCACUCUGCCCGGCGCCGACGACCUUGCGCAACUCGUACUUCCAGCGCAAAUGCGUGAGGUCACGACCGAGCCACUCAUCGACGAAACCACACGCUCGCUGGGCAUCAGCUGGACACGCAUGGAUCGAUCCGAGGCGCUUCAGAUCAACCAGAGAGCCUACUCGAAGUGGAUCCAAAACCACUACCCGCGUCUGACCGAUGUUAGCAUCUGGUUUGAGAACAGCGCAAUGCCUGCUUACCUCGUGGCGGCAAAGAAUGCAUACAACGGCCAGCACGAGUACUACAUCUUCGCCAACGACCUCACCGAAGCCCAGUUGGUGACCACCGACCCGAGUCAACUGAUUCCUCGGCUCAAGAUGCUUCCGGCUCUUCAUCUUGCCGCUCCUGGUGGUUUGAUCAAGGCUGAGACCGACCCCAUCACUGCGGCUCAGAACGAAAACAACAUACAGACCGGCUUGGCCGUAUCGUACGAGGAGCAGCCCGCUGGUGGUUGUGCUGCUCACGCUAUGGAGCUGGACUGA